AUUUCAAUGGAGCAGACAGGCAUGUCAAGCAAAUGAUGACAGAGCACAUAAUCAACAGUAUAUUGGGAGAGGGUAAACAUUUUUUUGAAUGAUUUACAGAAACCACAUUGAUCUCCUGCGGCUACGAGAGAGAAAAAUGUCUUCAGAUAACCAGUGGUCAGCAGAUGAGGACGAAGGCCCAUUUUCACGACUGAUCAGGAAAUCUAGAGACUCCCCAUUUGUCCCUGUAGGUAUAACAGGCUUUGUGACUGUGGUGUCCUAUGGUCUUUAUAAGUUAAAGAACAGAAGAGAUAAGAAAAUGUCUAUUCAUCUUAUUCACAUGCGAGUUGCUGCCCAAGGAUUUGUUGUAGGAGCUGUAACUCUAGGUGUUCUCUAUUCUAUGUAUAAGGAUUACAUUAGACCUCGAUUCUUCAAUGUGUCCAAAAAAUGAAGCUAUAUUCUGGAAGCAAGAAGACAAGAGCCUCUGACAACUAUGUCCUGUGAAGAAUGAGUUUUCACUGUGUAGCAAACUAUACUACAGAAGUGUCACUCAGAAUCAUGAUAGCCUUUGUAUCUUAAGUCCAAAUGUUUUAAGACAUUGGUUUCCAAAUCCACAAGCAGCCAACUGAGAAAUACCUACUCUUGAUGCCUUUUUCUGACCUAAUUUUUCCUUUUUUUGCAGUGCUGGGGAUUGAACCCAGAACUUUGUGCAAGCUAGGUAAGUGCUCUACUACUGAGCAACACCCCAAGCCCUGAAAAGAUAUUUCUAACCAGGCUACUGGCAUGAAUCUGU